AUGGUCGACGAUCGAGUCGAAGAAGAGAAAGAGGAGGAAGAGAUGGAUCUGCAUGAUCCAGAAGCUGUUCACGCUUGGGUUCAUCAGUUAAGGCAGACGAUCGUAGAAUUAGAUGACGCCGCCCAAGCAUUUAAGUUGCUGGCAGAGAAACAGGCAGCCGAAAUAAAUGCCAAGGAGAUUUUACUAGCUCGGAAGACGGAAUAUGUCGAUGAACUACUGGAGCAGAUCAAGACGUUGACGGCGAAACUUGACGCUAAGACGAACGAGACUCAAACAAUGGAAACAGGAAUGCACAAGGCGAAUUCACAGCUGGAAGAGCUUCGUGAACAGGUGAAAAAAAGGGAAGAGGAUUUCGCUAUGGUGUGUGCAGCAUUGGAUGCGAGAGAGCAGACGUUAGUUAAGAAGAAUGGAGACCUUGCAGCAGCAGCUGACACGGAGAAGCAACUGAAGAAAGAAGUGGAUCGACAUCAAGCAAUCAUCCGUCGGCUGGAGAAGAAUGUCGAGGAGUUGCAACCGGAGAAGGCUGAUGCGUGUCUUUCGCCUCGAAGUUUUCAUGAAAGUCAAUUAAUUCGACUACGUGACGAUGCGAUUGAGGCCAAGACGCGAGAAGUUUGGCUGUUGUCGGGCCAGAAUGACCAAUUACGAGUGCAGCUUGACGCACUGGAAGCGGCACUGGAACAACUACAGCGAAACGUCAUCUCAAAGGAGAACGAUCUGGUGCGACGGCAGCGGAAAAUUGAUCGGUUGGAGGCAGCAAUUGAAGCUCUACAGGUGAGUCGCAGUCAGGCUGAAGGGCGUGAAAAGGCAAUGGAGAUCGCCACAACCCAGAAUGAAAAGCUGCUGCAGGCCCUUGAAGCUCAAGAGCGGAAUUCGGAAGGACUCAAAGCCAGACUCGACGAUAGAGUACGAGAGUGUGAACAGCUUCGUAGUUCACAUCAUGAGCAUAUUGCGCGUUCGGCUGAGUACGAAGUGGAAGUACUACAUCGAACCAGACAAGCGGAGAAAAAGGCGUCGGCGGUGGAUGCCUUGCAAGAAAAAACUCGUCGCGAACGGAAGCUUUUGCAGGAGGAACUAUCAUCUUCGCAUCUGAAUUAUCAAAUGGAGAUCGAGAAGUUGCAGGGCGAGCUCGUGAUGCGGCGAAACAAGCAGUACGAACUCACGCUAAAGCUUCAGGAAGUCGAGGCUCGAUUGCAUGAGGCGGUUGACCGUCGCGAAAUCGCCGAGGAGCAACUGAUGGCAGCGCAAUGUCGGAUGCAGGAGCUAGAACGAGUCUUACAAGAUUCUCUGGGGUGUAAGAAGCAGCUCGAGACGAACUUGUCUUCACAAAAAACAAGCUUUUCUGGCGAUUUCGAGAGGCAAAGCAGACUCCUAGCCGGAGCGAGAAAUGAGAUCGUAGCGCUUCAAAAGCAGCUCGAGGGGAUGGAGGAAGGAAUGGCCAAGAGACUAGCAGUAGAGAAGCAGCAUGAACUGAAAUAUCGAGAGACCAAGCAAUUGCUUAGUGCGCAAGAAGCUCUCACGCUGGAACAGAAGGAGCGCAUUCAUCGAUUAGUUAACGAAGUCAAUCGCGAGUCGCAAACUCGAGCGGAACUGGAACUGGAAAGGACAUUGCUCAAGAAUCAACUUGAAUCCGUACGGCGACAGUGUGAGGGUAACGUUCGUGAAUGCCUCGAGCAAAAGAAACAAAUUCAAGACAAAACACAGAAACUUGUGGAGAAACUCACAGAGCUGACGACGGAAUUUCACGCAGUGCGAACUGCUAAGUCGAAGCUCGUGUACAAAUAUGCAGACACAUUCUGUAGAGCAACAUCGACUUCUCUUUCGAACGGUGUAGUGUGGCCUUCUUCCGACUGCUUAGAGCUGCGCGAGUGCUGGCUUGUAGAUGACGAUUUGCGACCAAUUUUAAGACUGUUGGAUAGUGAAGGUAUGGGAAGACUGAAACGCGUCGACAUGCGUUACAACCGCCUUACAAGUGAGGGAAUGGGUCGAUUACUUGUAUUUUUAAAGAAGUUGAUUGAUCUUCGCCACAACUAUAUUUCGCUCGAUGGAAUUCGUGUUUGUUACUGUCACCGAUGA